GUAAGGGGAGGUGCGACGGGGAGGGGCAGCGGGGAGCGGUUGGAGGUGGGAGCUGGCGCUGCGGGCAGGGCGCGGGGCCGGGGAGCUGCGAUGCGGACGGGACAGCGGCGGUGACCCGAGCUGCCGCCCGACAUGAACUCGCUGGAGCAGGCGGAAGAUCUCAAGGCUUUUGAGAGGAGACUUACAGAAUAUAUUCAUUGUUUGCAACCUGCCACUGGACGUUGGAGAAUGCUUCUCAUAGUGGUAUCUGUCUGUACAGCUACUGGUGCCUGGAACUGGUUAAUAGAUCCUGAGACACAAAAGGUGUCCUUCUUCACGUCAUUAUGGAAUCACCCAUUCUUCACCAUUAGCUGUAUCACUCUGAUAGGCUUGUUUUUUGCUGGAAUACACAAGCGGGUCGUUGCCCCGUCAAUUAUAGCUGCUCGAUGUCGAACUGUACUAGCAGAAUACAACAUGUCUUGUGAUGAUACAGGAAAACUCAUUUUGAAACCUAGGCCUCAUGUUCAAUGACAAUGUGCGCUCGUUGUUAUGGGACCUCCAACAGCCUUUCUUCAAAUAAGUGAUUGAGUAAAAAGCCAUAAAGGAUUCCUUUUACAGUUGGAUAUGUGAAGGUCAUAGCAACAACUGACAAGAAGUGUGCAAUAUUUACCCAGGUGAUCUUGAUGAUGAUGGCUCGCAUUCUCUGGCUCGGUACCUUUGAUUAUCUGUGUUUCAGUAUUAGUGUCACUUUAGUACUUCAGACCCUGCAGAGACUUUUGCAGAUGAAGUAUGUCUGUAUGUUACUAAGUUAAACUUAGAAACAGGACCUCAUCCAGUUUUUAUAAUGUAUUUUUGCAAACUACUGUAAAUAGCAAAUCAAUGCCAAUGUUACAGGGGGAGAUGUUACUCGGACUCUGUUCUCCUGCACCAGUAUUUCAGGAACAUCUGUUUGCCAGCCCCACAGCUCUUUAAACCCAGCUAUCCUGCAUAGCUGUGCCUUUCAUUCUUACACUCCUCUGUUCUAAUCAUAAUGCAAGAAAAACAUCGGAUUGAGCCUAAACUGAGGAAGACUCCUCUCCAUUAUGUACGUUGUAAGAAAUUAUAGACGUUUUGAGAAACAGUUUUCAUUAAGCCAGAUAGUGAAUUUCAGCCACUAUUGUGUUAGUUUCCUGUUCAUUGUUUUCGUUUAACGCUGAAUAUACUUUAUUUUUUUAAUUAAUUUUAAGAACACUCCACAAAGGCUUCUGAAUAUACAAGUUUAGUUAUAAAUUAUGUAAUGUCUGGGAAUUCGAUAGUCAUUGUUUUAGAUAAUUGGAUUUUAUGCUGUGGUGGAUGUGGCUGUGACACUAGUGUUGCACAGGUGUAAUUGAUCAGCCCCUCCAUCACAAAGGUCACGUGGGAGCGGCACCACAAACCCGAGUCCACGGUUCUCACUGUUCAGAGAGUGUUAAUGACAUACUGUGUAUGCAUAUUAGCCACAUGUACUAUAAUAGCCCUGAAACUGAAACUAUUAGGAUUGCUGUAAAUAUUUUAAAGAACUGGAGGUGCCUUUUACCUGUUUACUAGAAGAUUUUGAAAAGGUUUAAAUUAUUUCACAAGCUGUCUUUUAAAUUCCAUUUAACAUAAAGCUGAAAAUUCAGUUAACAGGACACAAACUUUUUAGCAAGGCUACCACUUAAAUGUGUUGAUCUUGGCUUUCAUGUGUAUAAAAUUUUAAUUCUUUAAGCUGCAGCAAUAAAACCCUCUGCUCCUACGAAGUCAUAAGAGGGUAUUCUAUAUAUUCGGCAUUGUUUUAUUUUCUGUAAAUUUUGUAGGUAAAUAUGUGCAUAAAAAUAAAUACUUUAUAUAUAA